AUGCGAUUCGCGAAUGAAACAGAGAGGAUAUGGGACUUGAGAAAGCACAAACUGCGAUGUGGAAAUACAUCUAUUCGCAUUGUAUUCCGUCGAACGAGGAAAAGGAAGGGAACCUCAAGGAAACCAAAUUACAUUCGAGUCAUACUUCAAUUACUCUACGCAGCAUGUAUACAGCCAAUUCAUCGUCUCGUCUCGCCUUGCCUCGCCUCGCCUCAUGGAUACUUCAAAAAUUCCAAACACGUCUGCGCGCUUCGACCUGUUCUCCUCUCCUCUCCGAAUCUACAUUCGACUCCUUCCCCUCUCUCUCUAUCUCUCUACCAUCACCAACUCGGAAUCUCGAUCCGCCAACUCAAUCUCAUAUCUAUCUCUCCCACCCACAUCUCCUUCGCAUUCCAUCGCAACCCCCCCGCUUAUCUCGAAAAUUCCACCUCCGCCUCCAACCCCAAAUCCACACUCCUCACACUCACACAGACCUCGACCAAAUCCACCAUUCCCAUUACAAUUCCCUUAACCUUUAAAAAUACAAACUGCAAAGCUAACCCCCCUUUCCCCCAUCUAGUCCGCAAAAAGGUCCUCUUCCUCGAACAAAAGCGUGGCGGUGGUGGUAAAUAA